CUCGCAGCUUUCAGUGGAGCAGUGAAGCUUGACGACUGGGAUCAAUAUAUGAAAGAAAUCCAAAAUGCCGAGACAUGUUUGGACAACAGAAUUGAACAAUUCGAAAAGAGGGAGGAGCGAGAGAGAAAAAAUCAGCUUCAAACGAAUAAAACUCGAAACGCAUGUCUUAAUGCGUUAGGAGUUCCUGAUCCGAGAUAUGACAGAAAGCGUAUCCUUCGAGACAAAGGAGGCCUAGUUACUAGCUGCUGCGACUGGAUUCGACCACAACAAGAGAAUCUUUCUUUUUUUGAUUGGCUGGGCGACCCUGCUCAGAAUAUCUUAUGGAUUACGGGUAAAGCUGGCAAGGGCAAAACAAUGCUCAUGUGCGACCUUAUCCAGUGGCUCGAAGAAACCAGCCAUAACAAGCCAUUAUUCUAUUUCUUCUGCGAAAUUUGGAAAACACAGACGACAGAUUACAGUGCUACGGCUAUCCGUGGCCUCAUAUAUGCCAUUGUGUCGGAAAAUGAGCAGCUCACGCAGCUAACUGAUCCAUUUCUUUAUCUAUUAAGAAUUUAG